GUGACACAAAAUGGCUUUUUACACCCCCCAAAGCUCCACUCUCCUUUUCACAAGUACUAUAUUUGUAACCUUUCUCCUACGCAGUCGCUGCUGGAGAUUUAUGACUAUACCAUACAGUUGUGUCGUUUUUGAAGGGGAGGGUAUUUUGUCUUAUAUUGCAUUUGCAUGAUGUUAGUGAUUGUUCAACAGUGUUUUACACCAUAUUUACCAGUCAGAUAGCUACACUGCCCAGCUGUUGGACUAAAUUCUCCAAUCACUUUUUUGUGACAAUGAGUUCUGUGUUGAAAUGUGGUUCAUUUUGGGAAAAAAUAGCAUAAGUUUUCUUCGAUGUAAUUGUAAAUAUUUCAAAACAAAUUCAAGUUUGUUAGGUAGAAAUUCUCUUCAAGCUUUGCAGCCAUGGAUCUUACUAGCACCAACUACUUGGAAACUCCAUCCUUGUUUGCACCUCAAGGGGGAGCAACAUUAGAGAGCAGCAAUGGAUUGACAAACACAAAAAACCCAUUUUUGGAUACGUUUUCUGACCCUCUUUGCAAGCUGAAUCUCAAGGAAACUUCUGAUUUUGUCAAGUCCUUUCCAAUGGCAAACAAUGGCACAGAAAGUAGUGGUUUUCUUGAAGUUUCAGCUCAGAGGAGUAGAGGAAAUGGAGUGGACUCUGUCUCAAAGAGAAAUGUAGAAGCUCCAUCUACACCUGGGAGGCCUAUUUUCAGCUUCAGCAGUGGAAAUUUUAGAAGAAAAAGUUUCCCUUCAAAAUGGGACGAUGCAGAGAAGUGGCUUGUUAGUGGCAGCUCUUGCCAAGACUCCCCUUCCCACCAGCCUGAUGUCUUUCCAGAAAAAUUUAGGGUUUCAGAGGAAAAGGUCUCUAAAGUUGUUUCAAACUUUCGAGGGGCUUUAGCACUGAACCAUCAAGACUCAAACAGAGCUUUCGAUGGCAAUGUAACACUCAAAGAUAAAUUCACAAAUGAGGUUUGUCCCAAGUUUAAGUUUGUAGAGCCAAUGAAAGAAGGAUUUUUUUUUGAGAAUGCGGUGGAAGAGUCGGCAGAAGAUGCGACCUCAGAAGUAGUUCACAAGGUAAAACACCGUGACAUUGGAACAGAAAUGUCCCCUCUUGGCAGCUCGACCAAUUCAAGAUGCCCGACUCCGUUCAUUAGCACAUCACCUGUACGCCAUAACACUCCAGCUAACAGGUCCGGCCCAUUGGCCUUGGCAAAUAUUGACGAUGCCAGCACUAUUGACACAAUGCAACUGCAAGAGUGCCAUUUAGCCAAGUUACAUCAUGAGAUGCAAUUCGAUUCUGUGACAACGAAUUGGAGCUCUAGAGAAGAGGAGGAGGAGGACAUAUCGAAGAGCUUGAGACACUUUGAGAUAAAUAUCGAGUGCAGGAAGAGUAUUUCCGAGUCUAGAUCCUGUACGUGGGAGGAAGAGGAAAAGACUAAGUGGUGCCUCAGGUACCAAAGAGAAGAAGCGAAAAUCCAAGCUUGGGUGAAUCUCCAAAAUGCCAAAGCAGAAGCCGAAUCCAGAAAGCUUGAGGUGAAAAUACAAAAGAUGAGAUCAAAUCUGGAAGAGAAGUUAAUGAAGAGGAUGGCAGUUGUUCAUCGAAAAGCCGAAGAAUGGAGAGCCACAGCCCAGUUUCAGCACUCGGAACAAAUUCAAAAAGUCGGUGAACAAUCGCGCAAGUUGAUGAGCAGAAAUACCAUGCAUUUCUCAGGUCACAAAUCUUGUGGUUGCUUCCCUUGCAAUAGCCAUCGCAUAUGAAUUCAUUUACCCCAGCAAUUGGAACGCUAUCAUCUUAAACAAAAAUCACGUAGAGAGUUGAGUCCUUGGAAACAGAAAUGUGAUCAUUUGCUAAUUCACAUGUGAUGGGAUAUGACAACACUUCUUUGCUUUCUUAGUUCAAAAUUGCUUUCUAGAGAAUACAAGUUGAAUACAUUUUUUCUUGAAGGCGAAGAAUUAACUUAUUCACAGA